AUGACCCGCUGGGCCCGGCGGAGCGCCCCGCCCGGGGCCCGGGCGCUGUCCGCCACGCCCUGGGAGCAGCUGGCGGCGGGCCGGGAGCCGGAGCCGCCGCCGGCAGCCAAGAGGAGGAGGAAGAAGAAGGAGUACGAGAACCAGGACGUGAACGGGUUCGCGGAGCACCGCGGCGAGCAGCGGGCUGGGGAGGAGGAGGAGGAGGAGGCGCGGAGGAAGGACAGGCGGCGGGAGAGCAGGAGGCUGAGGAGGCAGGACAGGAAGAGAAACGCCAUGGUGUGUUUCCACUGCAGAGAACCUGGCCAUGGUGUGGCUGAUUGUCCUGCAGUGCUGGAGAGCCAAGACAUGGGGACGGGGAUCUGCUACCGCUGUGGAUCCACGGAGCACGACAUCAGCAAAUGCAGAGCCAAGGUGGAUCCAGCUGCUGGGCCAUUUCCCUAUGCAAAAUGUUUCAUCUGUGGUGAGAUGGGGCAUCUGUCAAGGUCCUGUCCGGAUAACCCCAAGGGGUUGUAUGCUGAAGGUGGGGGCUGCAAACUUUGUGGUUCUGUGGAGCACUUCAAGAAGGACUGCCCGGAGAAGCAGAACGCAGAGCAGGUGACAGUCGGGCGCUGGACCCCCGGCCUGAGCGCGGACCAGGAGGACAUCACGGCCGCGCCGGCGCCGCAGAGAGCACAGCCCAAGCGACCCAAAGUUGUCACUUUCUGAAGGACUCCUGGCUCUCCAUCAGCUCUCCUGCACUGCUGCACUCCAGAUUGGUGAUGACAGAGAGCAGAUCCAGAAAAACAAGCAGGCUGCAGAGGACUUGCUGGGUGUUUUCCUCCCCUCAUUUUCCCCCUUUGCCUCCCAAACUGGCCUGUCUCACUGUGAAGCUGGGAACAACAGGAACACAGCAAGUGGCUAUUUUUAUUAAAGCAUUUGUGGGCGUGUUUUAAAGGUUCUUUUUGGAUUCUGGUGUGGAUUUGCCUUUUCCUUGUAGGGAUAAUGAACUUACUCUUCUGUAUGUUCCAGCUUGAGCAACCUCGUGCUGAAGUUACAGAUCAGCCCUGUGGGCUGCUGAGCUCGGGGUGCAGUUCCUGAUGGCAGUGCUUGUUACUAUCAGCCAUUGAUUGGUCAUGCACACGGGGUCAUUUGAGUCUGUUCACUAACAGAAUCAAGCCCUUCCUCUGAAACCUGUGGUGAAACACACCCCUAAAGAAUUGGAGAACAAGUGACGAGCUUUCUUAGGUUAUUUACUUCUUUUUCAAAGAAAAUGCUCAAAAAUCUGCAGUGUUUCCAUGCCUUGGUGAGCUUGGUGAGCUGGUGAGUAAACUUUUCUUUGUAGUGCACCUGCCUGCUUCAUGGCAGAUUUACUCUUUUUAAAUAGAGACUGCAGCCUUAUAAAAACUGAUGGAUAUUAAAAGGAAACAUAAGGAAACCAACUCCAAACACAGUUCCUGCAGCGUUACUGAGAAGUGCAUCCUGAGCUCCCCUCACACCCUUUUCUUGCAGCAAAAAACAAAUAUGGGGAAUGAAAUUGUGUGGAGAUAUUUUAUAUUUGUACAGGUAAUUGUUUUUAAUAAAAUGCUGCUAAAGAA